AUGCGCCGCUCCCGCAAUCCAGACCAAGCUAAGUCCGCCAACAUCGCCGCGGUUGAUGUUGUGCGCCUGUCGAAAGCACUGGGCGAUCAUUUACGCACCCAGAUUCUUGCCGUGCUGGCACAGAACUCGUUUGCGGUGCUGGAACUCUGCAGCAUCUUCGACAAACCUCAGCCCGCCCUCAGCCACCAUCUGAAAAAGCUGGCUGAUGCAGGCCUGGUGAACAGACGUCAGGAAGGCACCAGCGUUUUUUACCAGCGCGCCCACGCGGAAGACCCGCUCACCCAGGCUGCGUUCGCCUGUAUUGACAGUCAAACGCUGGCGGGCGAGCUGCUGCAUAACGUGCAGCAGAUUUACCAGCAAAGGGUACAACGUUCCGCACAUUUCUUUGCCCACCAGGCAGAUGCCUUAGCGCAGCAGACCGCACUGAUCUGCGCCCCAGAGGUGUAUAUCAACACGGUGCUGGAUUGUUUACGCAAUCACAGCCACCUGCCGGUACACAAUGCGCUGGAAAUCGGCCCGGGCAACGGCGCGUUGAUGCUGGCCCUGGCACCGAUGUGCAAAAGGAUUACAGGCAUCGACAAUGCCGCGGAAAUGUUGAGUGAAGCCAGAAAAAACCUGCACCACCUUAAGAAUGUCACUCUGCUGGAACAGGACUUCUCCACCAUGCAGGACACCCAGCGAUUCGAUUUUAUCGCCGCCGCCAUGGUGUUACAUCACAUCCCGGCACCUGCCGAAUUUUUCAAACAGGCCCGCGCACUGAUGAAGGAUCAAAGCUUACUGGUGGAAACUGACAUGACCGACUACAAAGUCGCCGAUAUAUCUCUCGCUGAAUAUGGCCGCAAAGAAAUCUCAAUGGCCGAGGCCGAAAUGCCUGCGCUGAUGUCUUUGCGUAACACGUACAUGGAUCAACAGCCUCUAGCUGGGGCUAAGAUCAUCGGCUGUAUUCAUAUGACCAUUCAGACUGCUGUGUUAAUUGAAACCCUCACAGCCCUGGGUGCCGAAGUGCGCUGGUCGUCCUGUAACAUUUUCUCCACUCAGGACCACGCCGCUGCAGCCAUGGCGCAAAGCGGUGUACCUGUGUUUGCCUGGAAAGGUGAGACCGAAGAAGAGUACGAAUGGUGCAUUCAGCAAACCAUUUUGAAGGACGGUAAGCCGUGGGAUGCCAACCUUCUGCUUGACGAUGGCGGCGACCUGACCCAGAUCAUCCACAACGAAUACCCGCAGAUGCUGAAAACCAUUCACGGCAUCAGCGAAGAGACCACCACAGGUGUUCAUCGUCUGCUGGAAAUGAUGCGCGAAGAUCAACUUAAAGUGCCCGCGAUCAAUGUGAAUGACGCCAUCACCAAAUCUAAAAAUGACAACCGCUAUGGCUGUCGCCACAGCUUGAACGACGCCGUGAAAAGAGCGACAGAUAUGCUCAUGGCCGGCAAACGCGCACUGGUUGUUGGCUACGGAGACGUUGGCAAAGGUUCAGCUCAGAGCCUGCGUCAGGAAGGCAUGAUUGUACGGGUCAGUGAAAUAGACCCUAUCUGCGCAAUGCAGGCGUGUAUGGAUGGUUACGAAGUUGUCUCUGCUUACAAAAACGGCAUCAAUACCGGCCGCACCGAAGACAUCGACAUGCGUUUAAUGCAGGACACUGACCUGAUUGUGACCUGCACCGGCAACGCUGACGUGUGUGACGCGGCCAUGCUGCAAACCAUCAAGUCCGGCGCUGUCGUGUGUAACAUUGGCCAUUUCGACAACGAAAUUGAUACUGCAUACAUGCGCAAGAACUGGCGUUGGGACAAGGUUAAAGACCAGGUUCACCAGAUCUUCCGCUCUGAUGACCGCUUUGACUACAUUGUCUUACUGUCCGAGGGUCGCCUGGUUAACCUGGGCAAUGCCACAGGCCACCCUUCCCGCAUCAUGGACGGCUCAUUUGCGAACCAGGUGCUCGCACAGAUGCACCUGUUCGAGCAGGCCUGGGCUGACCAGCCUGAGAAUCAGCGCGCGCCGAUCACCGUUGAAGUACUGCCGAAGAAACUGGACGAAGAAGUGGCUGCACUGAUGGUUAAAGGCUUUGGUGGUGUGGUUACACAACUUACCGAUACUCAGGCCAAAUACAUCGGUGUUACCACCGAAGGGCCGUUCAAGCCGGAAAGCUACAAGUACUAG